GGAAGUCAAAAAAUUACUUCCUGGUCAACAGGUGAAAGAAAUGUAAAUGUUAUCUGAAUCAUGUAACACUCAAAUAAAUUAGGCGGUGGGGUUUGGAUCUUCUUGACACUUCAGUGGAUGUAUGAUAGGUGGAAACGCUAGCGGCAAAGAGAACUGUCAGUCUUCGCAGAAAAACGAUGGCUAAAGCCAAAAGGUUGAAAGAUAUCCCACGUGAAAUCCAGUUACUACCAUUCUUCUACCCGGAAAUUAAAGACAGUCACCAGGCAACAGACUUUAUUAAGAAGUACGACCCAUCAAGUGGUGGUUGUUACCUGGUGAGACAGAGCUCUAAGGGAGAUAACUACUUGACUAUUUCUGUCAGCAUUAACGACCAGUCCAUUCGACAUGUUAAUGUUGUGUUUGAGCACUAUGGGGAUACCUACCAGUACCACAUAGUCCCUGAAAUCAGGUUCCCAGCUUUCAGCCAGCUCUGUCGAUUCUACAAGGAACACAGAAUUGGUAAUCUGGAAAAAAUUGACAAUGUACGCUUGCUUUACCCAAUCAUGAGGCACUCUGACCCUAGCCAUGGCUAUGAAAGACUAGGGAACGUAAACGCAGGUUACUCGGCAGGUGGCUCGGAUUCUGGGAGUAAUCUACCACAGAUGAGGUCUUACAUUCCUUCAGCAGUUGGUGCACAACCUCCUUUUUCACCAGCAGGUCCAGAGUUCCAUUCGGGUACACCAUGGCAACGUGACAGUAAUCCCGCUGUCAGAGACAGGACCGGGAACUGGAUGUCUUUAGACAGCCAGGGCAAUGACAGACACUCAUCGGGGACUAGCUCUGAUGAACAAGGAGCAUCGUCGGUUGCCACCAGUCCCAUGCAGAGAAUCCCCAAUGUAAAGCCUCCUGUCAAUGGAAAAAAUAAACCAGCAAAGACGAAGGUUAAUGGGAGGUUAGAUCGUCCACCGUUACCUGUUCCAAACUGCAGCAACAAAUCUGAUGUCUAUUACACCUCUCCCAAGGAGAACAUUAACAAGAUAGAGAACCUUAGGAAGAUGCUCAAGUCGUCAGAAAUGUGUGAUUGUGGUAUAAUGCUCAUAGACUCUGAGCUGUCUAAUGGGUACACAAUUCACAGGAGCCAGGAUGAGAACUCGAAGAACCGCUUGUUCUAUCAGAACGCUAAAGGCGAGACCACGUGGAACUUCCCUCCACAGUUACUGCUGAACCUAACUGAGGCACAGCGCCACACCAUCAUCCGUCUGAGCACCGAAAAAGGCAUGGAACCGCCUAAGAUUCUGUUCAAUCCAGACUACAAUAUCGUGAUGACGAGGUUGCUGGAAGAGAAGAGAAGAUUAGAAGGGUCAGGUCAGACUUUUCCAGCACAGCCUGCAGUGGUUAAUCCUCCUGGUACAAAACCACAGUUUGACGUGGCAAAACAAGUGGUUCCUCCCGGACAGCAGCAGCAGCAGUUCACAGGCACUGCUGGUUCUGUAGGGUGGCAAGGACCAGCACCCACGCAGUGGGAAAGUGUCCCUGCUGUUCAGAUUGAGCAGACAGCAGCUUCGAAUGGUCAGCAGCAGUAUCUGUCGAGUACACCCACAAGUCCAAGUGCAGUGUAUGUGUCUCAAAACCGGAAACAGUUAGACAAUGGGAGUACAUUUCAACCGGAACAAGGUCACGGUGAAGAGAGAGAGCAGACGUUUCCGAAACUACCCCAUAAGAAAUGAAGUAAAGCACAGCUGUGGUUGCUGGGUCAGCUUUUAUUAAGGUCCACGACAGUCACUUUUCGCACCCUUGUUUUGGCUUCGUACACAAUAAAUAUAGCAUAUCUUACCAUAAUUUCAUUUGAAAUCCAUAUUUUGUAAAAGGUACAAUUUUUUAAUCACAA